UAACAUGCUUGUUCAUACCACAAAAGCAAUGCUUUACCUAUAGGCGCUUUAGCGAGACACAUUCGAUACUAGUGGUAUUAAAACUUUUGUCAGUUUGUCCCGUCUUGCAUUCAUGGUUUAUUCCUAUACAAUGGUGGAUUACCUCGUUUAAAAAACGGAUAGUUUAUGGUUGAUCUGUUUUCAAUAUAACCUAAACAAAAAAGUCAGGGGGAAUAAUAGCUGGUUUGACGAUAUAUGGUUAUUAAUCAGCGGCGCAGGUAACCAACCGGUCGCGUUGUCAAUAGAGACUAGCGGUGUUUGAGAACUCUUAUUUACAGUGUAGAACUGUUGGAACCGUAUGCCAUCCGGUUUCACUGAAGGUUUUAGAAAGGAGUGAAAGGUUCCUCGUAGGGAUUUUUUAGUUGAUUUAUCGUCGUGGAUAUAUUGUGAUUUGUUUUUAAUUGACCAUGUCCCAAGUGGGCGUUCGGCCGCCCUCACAGAUGAGCACAGGGCGUAUGGGGGUGUCGCUGCCCCAGAUUCAGCACCCUCUGUCGCGGAUGAGUAACCCAGGGGACUUCGAGCUCCGCGGGGUCUCGCGGUCAGGAGACAGGCCCCUUUCCAACCCGGCCGGUGGGCGGCCGCUGGCGAACGAGAGUCAUUACCCGCUCCGGAAGUCCCUGAGUGCGCUUGGUGGUCGGGAGAGCAGACAGACUCAUCGCCUGGGGAAGGAGAAUCUCGCCGCCUCCAUGCCGAUAGAAAGCAUACCCGAAGGGGUCGAGGUCACAUUCGGCGACCCGUCCAAAACACGAAUGCCAAUAUUUGCCAGUAGUGUGAAGCUACCACUGUUGGGCGUUUCCGGGAGUAAGGCAGACAUUGGGUCUGUACCCCCAAGCAGAGCCAGCUCUCGCCUCUCCACCGCAUCCGCCCAGGCCAGGCUCGAGAUAGACGAGCUGGAGAUGCUACUGCGACAGAGGAUGCGCGGUAACUUCUUCGAGAUUCGCAAACAUUUCCAGAACAACGACCCCGAGGGGAAAGGCAACGUGUCCAGGGAGGCGCUAUACCGCAUCCUGAUGACGGUGCUCGGUCGCCAGCUCACGCAGUCGCAGUUCACGCGCCUCCUCGAGCGCCUCGGCUUCAAUAACCGCGUGGUGAUCAACUACACGGAGUUCUUUGCCCUAUUCCGGAAGGUGAACGAGGAGGAUUCAUCGUAUCCGCGCUGGAUGGACCCCGUGCAGCGCACGCACCUCGAGAAAGCGGUCAUGACGGCGGAGCAGGUGCACGGCCAGCUCAGAGGCAAGGUGAAACAGAGGUUUAUGGACCUGGCGGAGCUGAUCCCGCAGAUGAACCCGGGCGGAAGUGGACGCAUCAUGAAACCGGAACUGCGUCAGCUGCUCAACAAACUUAUGUUCUACAUGGACGACGACGAGUUUGAGAAAUUAUGGAACAAGUACGACCCGGACGCUGCUGGCACUAUAAACGGUGAGAAGUUCCUCAACAAGCUGGGAAUCACCUUCCAGAAUGGAGCCGACAUGGCGCCCAUGACACCCGUACUUGAGUCAGACCUGAGAAAGCUAAAGAUCUCGGACCGGCAUGUAGUAAAGGAGUUCAAAGAACUGAGCAAGCGUUCAACGAAGCGGACGCCUCGGCGGAAGGAGAUAGAGCGGCGCAACCAGCUUGACGUGGAGCGGUGGCUGAAAAACAAGUUCCGUGAGGGUUUCUCCACCAUGCGAGAGGCGUUCGAGGCCAAGGACGCUAAGUCAGAGGGCAAUGUUGGUUUCGAUGACUUCCUGGAGGUCCUUGCGAACUUUGGUCUCAAGUUGGAGAAGAAGUACCUGGCCGCGUUCCUGUCCCGCUGCAGCGUGAGCGCCAACCGGAACGGGACGAUCCCGUACCGCGAGUUCCUGCACCGGUUCCAGGACCGCAGCGAGCGCGGAAUGACGCACGCCAUUCUCACUGAUAACAAACACAGGCUAGUCCGACUGUUCAAUGACGGCCGCGAGUCGCCCACCUCUGGCGGCAACCUGAGCACUCUGGAGGCGCAGCUGAUGAAUAUGUUCCAGAGGGACUUCCUGGCGCUCCUCGGUACUUUCAAGAGCAUAGACAAGCUGGAGACGGGCGUGAUCAACCAGGAGGAGUUCCGGGCCGCGAUGGAGAGCCGCUUCAACCUCACAUUGACGGACGAACAGUUCGAGUCGUUCGUGGACCGCGUUCCGCUAGACGAGGACGGCGGGGUCAAGUACACAGACUUCAUGCAGCAGUUUGACACCAGGGGCAUGGCACCUAGUCUUUUCCCGGGUGCCCACAACGACAGGAAACCAGUCAAGGUGGGACCACUUCCGGAAGACAAAGUGGAAGAAAAGCCUCCAGCGCCGAAACUGCAGAAAACGGAAGCGGCCGAAUACAUGGUGUUCGAUGACCCGCCAGUCUUGGACGAGGCUGGACCGCGCCGUUCGCCACAGGAAAUGUUCAGAUUGAUUAAGGACCUUCUAACCAAGCGUUUCAAUGACGUGGAGCGAGUGUUCUUCGAGCUGGACGAGAUCAACUCCAUGCGCUUCUCACAAGAACAGAUGUUUCAGCUUCUAAGAAGGUUCCCAGAAAUCAAACCGGAAGUGACGAGGGGUGAAAUCAGAGAUUUAUGGAAGACGUUCAUAACAAACAAAGACAAGACGCUAGACUACUACGAGUUUGUACGCCAUUUUGGAUUUUCGCGCACGUCAGCAGCGUUCCCGAACGCUAAACGCAACCCGCCACGUCACGGAGACGCCGACUUCAUGAUCCGCUCCCGGAAGUUGAACUGCGCGGCAGAUAUGCUGCAGGAUAGCCUCAGAUCUAAGAUCGACUAUAUGUGGGACGACCUCCGCAAGGAGUUUGUGGGCAUGGACCCGUACGGUACCGGGUUCGUGUCGCAGGAGGAGUUCCGGGAGGUGUGCCGGGAGCUAUGCGUCCACCUGUCCGAGUACGAGCUCGACCAGCUCAUCCGGAAGUUCGACAUCAAGGCGGACGGAAGAGUUUCAUACAUCGAGUUCUUGAAACCGUUCGCGCUCCGUAAGCAAAUCUGGCGUCACGGCAACAAUAUGCUGUCGCUGCUGCAGCACCCUCAGGCGGAACUUCCGGUGAGCGACAUCGUGGAACCGCCACAGAAAGGACUGCAUGGCAUCACUGCGAAACUCCGACAGAAGCUGGCUGGUGAUUGGAAGAAUCUCCGUCGCGCAUUCCGGAAGCUGGACCGCAGCAACAACGGGUACCUGUCCGUGCCGGAGUUCCGGUCAGUCCUGAAACUGGCCAACGUGAUACUGGACGAGGACGAAGUUUACCACGUGCUUAACCGGUUUGACCAGGACAUGUCCGGCCGGAUCCAGUACGAGAAGUUCAUCGAGGAAACGUUCAAGCCUGAAACCAGACACAGUGUACGGCCCGCAUGAGAAUGUUAACUUUAACGAUAAACUAGCAUCUUUAGGUAGUCAGUAUUAAAAAUAAAAAGUUGUAAUUUGUUUGUGAAAUUCGUAUAUUGUUGGACUUUUUAUGCUAUUAAUUUUGACAAAAACUUUUUCUUUCAUGAUUACAUUAAUAGGUUUAUGUUCAGUGUUAUUCAAUGAUCAUUGUUGUAACACUUUUGCUUCCACAUGUUUUUUUUGUAUUUGCAUUUUUCAAUGGAUGUGUGACACGUGCGGUACAGCCUUGGCUCUACCCGUUUUAGAGAAAUUUUGAUGUACAAUAUUUUGAGAGUUUGAAACUGUGAUGGAAAAACUGUGAUCGCAUAUGUGUGAUAGUUUUAAAUGCGUUUAAAAUUUAUUUUAACUCCAAAAUAUUGAGAUGUCGUUACUGUGAUGGCAAAACUGUGAUAGUAUGGGUAUGAUAUUGUUUGAAUAUUUUUUAGAAUGCGUUUUCCCCUUAAUAUCAUGAGUUAAAUCGUGUACCGUCCAUUUAUAUUUUAAAUCAAUGGAAAUUGCAUGUCACGUCGGACUUAACGGGACAUUCCCAUGACAAUCGUACCAGAAUAAUGGAUGAAUGUGAUUUGAAUUAGUUAGUUUUCUUACCCAGCGCUCUCGGAAAAUCGGGCUUGAGGCGUUCUCUUGUUGUUGAUAACUAACCUGUGCACCGGCUAAUCAGGGACGACCAUUUCCGCUUUUAAGGAAUUUCUAGUUUAAAGUAAGUUCUGUUUAGUCGGAAAGUGUAUUCACAGAUAAGCCUGUGUGCGGACUGCACAUGCAAAUAUGGAACAACACUAAUUUACGCAUAUGCAUUUAGUCCGGUUAUAGCAGAGAAUGUUUCUGUGAUCGCUAAAUAUAUUUUCUGACUCAUGUUCUUGUGGAAUUGUUAAUACUUUAAAUUGGUAUAUGCUGUAUGUUGCAUGUAUGAAGCUCGUACUGUUCAUUGUUUGUAACUAUUGUGCUUUGUAUAUUGCUAGAACAUAUGUUACUCGUUUUGAUCGUUGUUUUAUACUCUAUCAUCUAUUUAUAUACCCGUGUAAUCUCAAUGUAAACUUCCCUUUCCAUGCCUAAAUAAAUUGUUUGAAGUGUU